AUGCCCACCUCUGCUGUCUCAGAACCUGGUGUCGUGGUGAGUUGGAGAGGACAUGAGGGUUACAAUACAGCUGUUUUCCCCAAGGAGAAGCCUCACACACCUUCAUUAAGACACCACUAUGUUCCCCUCCCCACACUCCAGUUUUGGUUCAGAAACAGGAGGUUCAAAUCGAGGAAGCAGCAGCAGCAAUAACAGUAACCACUAAAGCCACCAAACCAGAUCCUUGCAGCUGAGAAGAAUGUGCCCACCUCCCCCAGUAUUGUCAAUYCUUACUCUUUCUCUCCUGUGGCUCCAGGAUUCUAGAACCCCCUUCUACCUCAGCCUGCAAGCCCUUCCAGUUGGUGGGCACUAUCUUCAUGGAGUCCYACAAGAGAAUCUCAAAUGUAAGACCCUUAGUUGGAGUGGCUGGUGGACUCAGUUCCUGCCUUGAAUUCUGAUGCCUGUGAAGCCCAAAUCCUAGAACUUAGUUUUCCUGACAAGGGUGAGAUAUCCAGCUCUUCUAUCCACAGCCUGGAUCAGUAUCUUUCACCUACACGGUUCCAGUUAGAAGGACAGGGUUGCUCUCUCAGGACAUUUGCUGGCCCAGCUGUUGUUCUAUCUCAGCAAACCUGGUCGAGUAGGACAAGCCAAGCCUUCGCAGCCUGCAGCCUAUGAGACAGCCCAGGGUUCCAGAACCCCUCCAGUGGGCUAGAACUUUGCAUUUCUCUGACCAAAGUACUAACAAAUAGCAGAUCAUUUAGAAAAGACAUCUUCUUGCCUUUUACAUGUGACUAUCUUCUUUCUUGA